AUGGACUGUCUGCAAGGACGACUAUCCUACUCAUCAUGGCGUCUACAGGUAUUCCGACAACUAUUCAUGCCAUCGCCACGCUUUACCGCCGCUAGAAGCAGCUCCCGCCGCAUGAUCUCAAGCUCGACUGCAACUCUAUCCCAAACAAGAACCCUGCGACAAGGCUCUUCUGAGAACGCCAACAACACACAAACGCUAGAAACGAAACCCAGCGCAUUAUCACAAAACAAUGAACAGCCCCUUCGACCCUCUCAACUUCUCCCACAAUCCCCCCUCUUGACCAACCCGCAUCCCCAUCUCGCAAAAAAGCACAAGAAGCGCAUCGCAACCCACAAAGACCUCCAUGCACUACGCCAAAACCCCUGGGCAGUGGCCCUCGCAUCGCCUCCGCGCAUGUGCGCUAUCACAGGGACCCGCCUACCGCGCGCUUUUCUCGGCGAUUGGGGCAUGGUGCGCCGCCCGGACUCAAAGGAGGGUUUAUGGUUCAUGCCCGUGGGAGCGAUGAAAGACGAACUGGAGCUGCCCUCUCCGCACAAGCCACGUUCGGAAAAAGACACACCUGGAUCUGAACGCGGGAUGUUCAGGAACAGGUCAUUCCACUACCUCAUCCUGCGCAUUGUUGAUCGCCUUCCGCUGCUGCGAUCGUUGACUGCGGCGUUGACGGGCCAUGCGCCGGGAAGAAAGGUCUCGCCAAUCGUGCGGGUGCUCCCUUUCCGGUGGAAGCAUCCGCAUGGCCCUAUCACGGCCCAUGAGGAAAAACAAAUGAUCUGGCGGGAGGAUAUGCCUGAUUUUGUAUUGGCGCAGAUGAGGACCAGCGUCGUGAAGCAGAUCAAGAGGGUCAGCGAUAGGUAUAAGCGGACGAAUGUCGCCAAUGGAGUCUGGACAACAAUGGAUAUGGACGGGGUUUCGGAGGUCCAGCUACUGGAGGGUCUGAAGAGCUUAGAGACAUUUGCGCGCAUGGAAACAGGCGCGGUUAUCGUGCUGGGUUCUUCACAAGUACGCGAAGACGCCGUGGCCGGCGCAGAACUAGAGGCAUCAUCGAUUGCUGAAGAUACUCUACCUGAGUUCAUCGAACUUCCUCAGACGAAAUCCAAGGUCCCCGUGUUUGAUCUGCGACGGCUUCUCUCGCGGGGUGACCUAGACAAGAUCCGGACUUACCACCCUCGGUUCCAGAGUGCUGCGGUAUUUUUCAGGCCUGAUGAAUCGAUGACGAUAGAAGCAAUACUGGGAUUGUGGAAACUUCAGGGCUUGGUACGCGGAGAUGAAACACCUUGA